AUGAGACGACGGAUUGCACAGCCUUUACGUGCUCAUUUCAACGCAUCGCAAGUCUUGAGCAUGUUGAACAAGUCAGAUUGUCUUAUUCCAUCCGAAAAAUUGGCCAUCCCAGCGAAUGGCUGCGGUUGGAAAAGAAGGCUCGAUACUCAAAAAGCGAAUAGCGAGGGAUGGAGCUUCAGCGCUCGUGCCUGGGUCCUUCCCAUAGCCAACGCAGACGCUUCAUCAUUCUGCCAAUUCGACCGGUGUAAUGAUACCGGUCAAGUCCACUGGCCACCACGUACGAACACACGGCUCAAAGAUAUUCUCUGUCCGGACCUUAUCGACCAAGUCCCCAUGACUAUCCAGUCGGAUGGCUUACAAACGGAAGGCUGGCUUUGGAAAGCAGUCAGAGGACGGCGGCUGAUUCCACAAUGGCACUGGCCAAAAACUCAAAUCGUCCCGUUCGAGUCCUUUGACGAGGUCCUCGACCCUGUUUCAGGGGACGCUCUCCCUUUUUACAAAAGCCUCGGCUUCGAUGAUCCAGAGGCACUAUCUGCUGACACAAAUCAUUGGCUUCAUAAUCAUUACGCUUUUGGUGACGAGAGAGUCUGGACAAACCCUGUGCAUCUUAAUCUUCUAGGUAAUGAGGCUCAGCUGCGAGGUCUUUCAUGGACUCGAGACGUAGUCAUACAAGACGGUGGUCUCACGAUAGGUCAGCUCGUCUCCAAUGAUGACACUGAAAGCCUGAAGAAGCCAGCUUUUGCCCUUAUGAAUUCAAGGCUGCAAGACCAUAUCGCCACCCAAUACCGCCCGGUCUGGGAGUACGACCAGCAAGAAUGGAAGGCCAGGGCUCUUUAUCAUCCGCUAGAUGUUUGGUUACAGGACAAGCCUUCACAUUUGGACAUCCCUUUUAGCUGGACAGCAACAGUCGAUAAUCAGGCCAAAAAUAAACACGGAAUCAGGGUUGACAAGGCAUGCAAUAUGUUUUUCGAUAUAGGGGAGUUUGCGAAUGACAAGAGGGAACUGACUCUCCUUUGGCCGGAAGAGUGUGGGAAUGGGAACUGGACUAAUUGA